AUGGCAGCUAAGAAACACAAGGUUUUAUGGGAGUAUAGUGGCUUGCCUUUUGACAAGGUGCCAUUUGUUGUUGUAAAUCACAAGGUUUACUACUGUCAGCAUGGUGUAGAUAGACAUCUCAGCGAGAAAAAGAGAAAUCAAGCGGGUGGUGACCACACCUAUCGAAAAAAUGGGGCCAGUAAACUGCUUCAAGAGUCUAGGAAACUUAAUUGUCCGGCUCAAGUGCAUAUGAAGGAAAUCAUCAAAUUCCCAGAGUUCAAGCGACAAAAAUCCAGGAGCUGGUGUGUGCAGGGGUACGAUCAGAGAGAGAUAUGCAGACAUCUAAAGAUCUUUGUCGAGCAAGAAUUGUAUCGGGGGAAACAAGCACCCCAGAAAAUGGACCGACGCUUUUACCGUUCCAGAGGGACCAUAAGAAGCCCUAUUUAUAAGUCAGUAAUUAAAGAAAGGUACUCUAAAAUUAAUCAGGAAGAUCUGCGAAAAAGUGGGGAUUUGGAAGGUGGGAUUGACAGCUGUAGACGCAGACUGGAUACGGCGGCAUCUGAUGAUCAAGUGCAAAAAUCCAAUUAUAAUCCAGGCAUCCCGUCCUAUUCGAUAGAGCAGCCACACCAUAUCAUCAACCAUUGCCUGGAUAGACAAUAUCAUGCAGAGACAAUUCCAAGAAGUCAUGUCCAUGUUAUCGACAUAACGAAUGGCAUAUUCUCGGUAAGAAGGCAGAGUAGCACUGAAGAAAAAGAUAGCUACAAAGUGAUGUUUGGAACGACCCAACAAAGUUGUGACUGUCACGACUGGGAAAGGCAUAGAUUGCCAUGCAAUUAUUUUUUCGCCGUUUUUCUUCAUGUCCCAGUGUGGUCAUUUGACAAGCUUCCAGAUGCAUAUAAAGAUUCACCUUUCUUCACUUUGGAUGAAGAAUUAUUUACACCUGAUAAUCCAAAGGCAAGCGACUACAUUGAGAAAGGAAGUGUGGAUGACCUGCUUUCCAUGAUAGGAGCAGAAGCUGUAGAGGUUAACGAUGGAAAGGAGUCACUGAGAUUUGAAGAAUUACCACGCACAGUUCCGCAGCCCCGAAAUACUGCUGCAAAAUGUCGUGAAGUCUUAGGACAGAUAAAAAAUAUGACUUACAUUGUAGAGGCCUGGGAAAAUGCAGACAUCUCAGAGGGACUAAGGGAAAAGCUUGAGGAAUGCCUUCAUCUUCUUCACAUGACAGCUCCAAAGGAAAAUGGUGUCAUUUUUGAAGCUCCUGGAGCUCCAAAGUUCUAAUGCAACAAGAAAAAGGAAAC